ACAUCUUUCAUCGAUUUCUUUAACUUGUUGUGCAUCCAUUAAGUCAGUGUCUGUUGUAAGAAUUUUGUAUUUGUGUCAGAUUAUCAGAAAAUUUCUCUAGUAAAUAUAACUUUUUUGAAGUUCCUCAUUCACGAGCUUUCAGUUAACUGAUCCAUGUUUUCUGGAUAAUCGUUGGUUCUCUACCAAGUCAACGAUUUUCAAACCAACAUCCACAUAUAUAUUACAAUGAAAUACAAUUAUGGGAAACGAAAUUGCGAGAAGUGUAGAGAAGGUAGCUGGAGUUGAUAAUACAUUUAGAAAGAAAUUUGAUCGAGAAGAGUAUGAAGAACGAGCUCGCGAGCGAGAAAGACAGGAGGAGGAGGAUAAUCGGAAAUCUAAGUUUAAAGGACCUCCAGUGCAAAGACAACCAUUGAAACGCAGAGAUUAUGAAGUGGAUCUCGAUUCUAGACUGGGGAAAACUCAGGUCGUUACUCCAAUAGCACCUCUAAGUCAGCAGUCCGGAUACUUCUGCUCAGUUUGUAAGUGUGUUGUAAAAGAUUCCGCUAACUACUUGGACCACAUAAAUGGGAAAAAACAUCAAAGAGCUUUGGGUAUGUCAAUGCGAGUAGAAAGGGCAUCUCUUCAACAGGUUCAAGAACGAUUCGAAGCUCUGAAGAAACGUAAAGUUGAAGGAGUCUUUACAGAGCAAGACCUAGAUGAGCGGACCCAGAAGCAGCAACAAGAAGAGGAAGAGCGCAAGCGCCAGCGGCGAAAAAAGAAAAAAGAGAAGAAGAAAGAGAAGUCCAAAGAGGAAGAGUCUGAGGAAGUAGACCCGGAUGUUGCAGCGCUGAUGGGAUUUGGAGGUUUUGGUUCAUCUAAAAAAAGUGCUUGAUUUAUUUUUCUUAUUUCUGGAAGAAAAAUGGUAUUUGAUUGUGUAUCUAGGAGGAAAAUGAGUGAAUACGUGGUAGUUACAAGUACAUGUAUAUGACUAAACAAUGUGGUCGGGCCACAUCAUUCAAGUUAUCUUCAUAAUCCACAGUUAUCUUCAUCUUCUUCA